ACGAAAAUACUGGAGAGAAGCCUGAAGUCGAAGCCAUCAUGGCCGCCAGCUCCGACUCCCUCCCGUUGGGGGAGAUUGAACGGGCUGUAACGGCAGGUGUGCGGGCUGAGGCUCCGCUUCAAACUGCCGUUCUGUCGUAAACACCAUUAAUGAGGAGUCAACUUUUCCGUUGACGCUGUAAGGUGCCUGUGUGGGGGGCUACUGGCAAUUGGCAGGAAAGGCACCCGGUGGCGAAACAAUAGAAUUUUUAUUGUGGAAGUCCAGGCGGAAGAAGCCCGCACAGCUGCUGCCUUGACGACGAAGGGCGCAGCGUUUCUGGAGAAUCACGUGAUGCGGGGGAGGGGCGGCCUAUAAACACACACACCCUCCUCGUUCUACUCUUCUUCAGGACGGAAGUCCCUUCAGGACGACACUCCAUAACCAGGACAAGGUACAGUACGUCACGUCUGAAGAAGAAGCGACUUUAUGCUUUGUAACGAUGUCCCAGUGGCAGGAGCUGCUGAGGCUGAACUUAGUGCGGGGUCACCUAAGCCACCUGUACGAGACCACGUUCCCCAGACACAUCCGCCAUUCGCUGUGCUGCUACAUAGAGAGCCAGGACUGGGAUUCUGCCGCUGUGGAUGAAUGUAAAGCCAACGCUUGCUUCUAUGCGUUGAUGCUGUAUCUGGAUGAGCAGAAAUGUUCUGUCCAGGAGAACAACGUUUUGCAGGCACCUGACUUCCCGGGGAUGCAGGACUACCUGCUGAAACACUUCAGCAACGAGCCGCAGCGACUGGCUGUAGUCCUGUCUGAAUGUCUCAAAGAGGAGAAGAAAGUCCUGGCUUUAACCUCUGAGCCACAGCCUUGUGUCAGUCCAUCUGUGGAGAAUAACUGGAGCAAGCUGGACAACACAGUCAGUGACCUGAAAAGACAGAUUAUGGAAUUGAAGAAGGAAAAUAAGACCUUGGAGGUUCUGUAUGAAAACCUGGACUACAUACAGAAGACCUGGCUGGACAAAGUGCAGCAGCACACGGGACCUUCACAGUCUCAGGCUCUGAACGAGGAAUGUCUCAAACACACCAACUUCAUCAUCCAGACAAAGCAGGUGGUUCUGCAGAAGGUCAUGAACAUCUUAAACCAAGUGGCGCACGUUGUGACGGUUCUCGUUGGCGUGGAGCUGCCUGAGUGGAAGCGACGGCAGCAGAUGUCCUGCAUCGGUUGUCCAGCUGACACAAGCUUGGACCACCUCCAGAAGUGGUUCACGACUGUGGCGGAGGUGCUGCUACACGUACGCCAACAAGUGCAGAAGAUGCAAGACCAGGACAAGAAGUACAACAAUUCUGAUGUCUCCAAUUCAUCUGAGGCCAUUGACACAUGUGCACAGUCCUUGGUCAUGAAACUCCUUACAAAUGCUCUAGUGGUUGAGAAACAACCCGUCAUGUCCAGUUUACUACAGCGGCCUCUGAUACUGAAAGCCGGCGUGCGAUUCACAGCGACAGUGAGGUUCUUAAUAAACCUCCCGGAGUUCAAAGACCUUCUCAAAGUCACACCCGUGUUUGACAAGGAUGUUGAAGCUGCAGUGAAAGGACUCCGUUUGGCUUCAUGCUGUAGGUUUCGCCAGUUCAAUUUCGUCCGUGACAACAGUAAGAGGUUGGAUGUGGACUCUCCUGGUGGAGGCCUUGCAGCAGAAUUUGCAUAUAUGGACAUCAAACGGAAAACCAAGGCCCCAAAUGAGCAAAGUCACGUGGGAGUCUGUGAGGAGCUUCACCUCGUUACGUUUGUGACCACGUUCCAGAUUGCAGGACUGGAGUGUAACAUUCAGGUCAGCUCCCUGCCUGUCGUUGUCAUCUCCAGUUCAAGUCAGGUGUGCAGUGCCUGGGCCUCUGUGAUGUGGUGGAACAUGCUGUCUCCCAGUGAACCAUGGAACCUGUCGCUGUUUUCCAACCCCCCUCCACUCAGCUGGCAGCAGCUGUCACAGGUCCUGAGCUGGCAGUUUUUGGCUGCAGGCCAACGCGGACUUGAUGAAAACCAGCUGCUCAUGCUAAGAGACAAAGUUGGAGUUGAUCCUGAGGGUCUUGUUUAUUGGAGCAAUUUCUUCAAGAACGAGAGCGCCUGGAUUUGGAUCGAUGGAAUCCUGGAUUUGAUCAGAAAGUAUCUGGUGGAUCUCUGGCGUGAAGGCCACAUCAUGGGCUUUGUGAGUCGGGAGAGAACACGAGUCCUGCUGCAGGAAAAAUGCACCGGAACAUUCCUGCUCCGCUUUAGCGAGAGCAGCAAGGAGGGAGCCAUCAGCUUCAGCUGGGUGAAGCACUCCAACGGCGAGGCCCAUGUGCAUGCAGUGGAGCCCUACACCAAGAAGGAGCUGGAGUUCAUGUCUCUGCCGGACGUUCUCUGCAGCUAUAGUGUGGGCUCCAAGUUCAGGAAGCCUUUGGUCUUCCUCUACCCUGACAUCCCCAAAGACGUGGCCUUCGGACGCUACUACAGCUCUGAUUUGCAGACGCCUAAACAGGGUGGAAGUGGAUAUGUUGACAGGAGACCUGUUCACGUCUCACUUCUUCCAUUAACACCUCACUCUCCAACCAUGGAAAUGAAUGCAGAACCAGAAACUAUGGAGCUUGAACAGUGGUUUGAGGAGAUGAUCUCAGAUAUUCUUACUCUACCUGCGCCGCCCUGACUUCUGGCCACGCUACAGUAUGAGGAGACGGGAAACAAAGCAGUGGCUAAAUUAAAAAGUAUAAAUGUUCUCAAAUAAUGCACAACUUUGUGUGAAGGUGAGUUGUGAUGGGAAAAAAUAUAAGGCCUUUGUUAACUUGUUAUUUGAAUGCAGUAUAAUGAAAUCCAACGCAUACAGUACAAGACAAAAAUAUCUGCUGUGUUUAUCCUGCGAUAAAUAGAAUGUGUCAUGUUGUCUGAUGUGCUCUUAUACACAUUAGCUAUUAUACCUACAGUGUGUUGGACCUGCAUCCAUCUCACGUAGUUCGUUUGUGCCUUCGUUCACCUCACUUCGCUUCCUUUGUUUCAAACUAGCAGCUGAGUGUGCAGCUUGUUGGACAGUGUAUCUGUGUUUAUGUAGUGUAACAUGUAGUGUGCUCCAGAUCAGUAUUUUUAAUGUGGUCCAUUGACAUCCAGAGCUACACACAUAAACACACAUGCAUCCACACACAGACACAACCAACACACUGGGAUUGUUCUUAGUUCUUUUGUUUAUUAAAAUAAAGAUUCCAGUGCCAGAGGAAAUAACAUCCACCUCAUACAGUACUAAACGUCUAAUUAUAGUUUGGGUUCUACAGACACAUUCAUUGAUCACGUCAGCUGCAUGUUUCCAGUUGUCUAGAAUCUGCACUGAGCUCCUGCGUCAAUAGACUGCACCACAGUCAACAGCAAACUAUGAUACGAAUAAGAAUUCACCAGGAAGUCAAAGCUAAAAUAUGGUUUGAAUGAGCUGAAGUUCAGCACUUUGAUUUAUUCUAUAAACAGCUACACAGUAAACAGAGUAACUUUGUCAAACACUGGACGAGAAACAUUAAAUAUAUUAGUGAACUUGAGUCUACCUUUAAUACUUAUAAAAGGAAGCUGGUGAUGAUGGUACUGUCACCGUAAGCUAAGAUGAGGGAAACAUCAUGAGCCGAAAACACCUAGAUCUAAACUAACUGUGUGAAGCCAGACACACCAUCCAAAAAAAAUCCAUUUAGUUGAAAAUGAGAUGUUUAUUGAAUUUUCUUAACAUGUGUUUUGCAAUGUGUUCUUUUUUUAUGUUAUUAAUCACAUUUAAAACAUUGGGCGUAUGUAAUUGUAAUGCAAAAUCAAAUUGUGUCAAAUUUGUGUAAACAAAUUUUGAAAAUAUAAAUCAAUUCAGGGAAAUUGUUUCUGUAUCAAAUAUGAUGCAAAUCCCUUCAAAGGGGUUUUCUUUGUAAUAGAGACAAAUUAAAUGAUAGCAAAGCAAAAUACCAAAGUAAAAGUAAUUCUUUUGAACUGUUUGCUGGGUAAACGGGUAAACCUUUUUUUUUUUACUACUAACCGUAAGAGAACAUGGCUUUAGUCAUGUAGAGUAAAGCUGUGUGACGCUGUAUUGCUUAUUCAGCCCCGUGUACAUUCAUUGAGCUAAACAGAAGCACUAAUGCGGCGCAGGGCGACACCUUCACCUUCUACAUUCAUGGAGGUUCUUGCUUUGGGUUGGAUUUGGCUGGAAUGUAAAUCGUAGGAACGUCAGUCGAAGAACUGCUGCUUAGAGACCACUUGGACUGAAAACAAGCGCGGCCCACGCUCUCCUGCUGGUGCUAAACGUCAGACAUUCUGUGGAAUAAAACCAAUGUCCCACAUAUGCUGUGCAAAGUGAAUAGUGUCCGUCUCUAGGAUGACAUUUGUUACUUGGCUGGGAGCGAUGGAUGGAUGGAGGCGGGUCACCAGCGUCCCACCAACACCACACAUUACUGCCAUUUAAAAAUGGAAAAAAAGGAUGACGUGCAAAAACUCUUUUUCCGAAAUAAAUAAACUGUCUGUAUUGCAA